AUGGCGCACGUGAAGAUUCUUCACCAGAAGUCUUCUUUCAGUUUUGUGAGAAAUAUCAAUGGGCAACUGGAUUCUGGACUUCCAGCUGUAUUGCGAAAUUUGUUUCACGAUAGAAGUAUCAUUAACUCGCGUCACUUGAAAGCGAGAAUUCAAUGGAAAACUGGAAAUAGAUUUACAGUCGUAAUAAACAAAGGUUUUGUGCCUAGAUUAUUUGGAAUCGAAAGUAUGCCUGAUGAAAAUGUCGAAUUAUCUGAUGAUGACGAUGAGCUCUGUCCAGUUGAAUGCGUAAAAGAGUUUAAGACUGAUGAGGAAUUUCUCAUAAUUCUGGAAAGAGCCAAAGAAUCCAAUUCGUUAGUUGUUGUGGACUUCUAUCGAACUUCCUGUGGAAGCUGCAAGUACAUAGAGCAGGGCUUUACAAAAUUAUGCAAAGGAUCUGGUGAUCAAGAAGCCCCAGUUAUAUUCUUAAAGCACAAUGUACUUGAUGAAUAUGACGAACAAACUGAUGUUGCUGAUCGGCUGCGAAUUAGGACUGUUCCCCUUUUUCAUUUUUACAAAAAUGGAGUCCUAUUGGAAGCUUUUCCUACCAGAGAUAAAAAACGAAUACUUGAAGCCAUUCUCAAAUAUUCAACCCUGACUUCUCAGGAAGCUUAA